AUGAGUAUAUCCAUUCCUAGUCCACCUACGCUAGUCGCGCCACUUCAGAAGACUGUCACCAGACCAAGUGUUCCGUUACCAAAAAGCCUUGUAGAGAAAAAUAUCCUGAAGGAACGCUAUUCAUUCGAUCCAGCGAUACAUCUGAGCUACAAAACCGCUCCUAAAGUGAUGACGAUGAAGGACAUAAGAUAUGAAGGUUAUGGAAUUUCUCCAGUGGCCGUAUUAGAGCCGUUUCCGCUCUUCACAGAGGACGCUAUCAACCAAAUGCGCGUAGAGGCUUUCACACUAGAACGUAUGUAUGCGCCGAAGUACGCGACAUUUGUAUGGGAAGCGUGGCACAACGAGAAGGUGCAAGCUAUUGUUUCUGAUAUUGCUGGUGUAGAGCUGGUACCUAGUCUCCCCUGCGACGUCAGCCAGAUCAAUGUGUCAUUUGGCUUGGAUGACAAGUCGAAGCCAGGCGCUGACGAGACACCUGCAUUCGACUGGCAUUUUGACAGUACUCCGUUCGUCCGCAUCACCAUGCUUUCCGACUGUACUCGAAUGAUUGGAGGGGAAACUGCCAUCAAGACAGCUUUGGGUGAGAUUAUCAGGGUGCGAGGGCCAACAAUGGGAACUGCUGUGAUCAUGCAAGGCCGAUACAUUGAGCAUCAGGCACUGAAAGCUUUCGGUGGCAAAGAACGCUUGACUAUGGUGACAUCGUGGCGACCAAAGUCGCCGUUUAUCUCAGAUCAAACGAUGCUGGCUGGUGUUCGCGGCAUUACAAAGCAGAAUUCUUUUUACUACUGGUUCUGCGACUGUCGAUUCGAUAACAUGAAAGCCAGAUUUUGA